AUGAACGCGUCCGUGUUAUUCCUGGUUAUCUUACUAAAUCUCGCGUAUACACGCGAUGUUGACUACUGUUUCGCGGAUGAAAAUGAUCCGUACUUAUACAUGGCUAGCAAAACUGCCUACCAUUUUGUCCAUGCUGGAAAAACUCGGUUUCAAGACGUACCAAACUGUCAUGCGGAGCAGGUGUGGAUGCUUGGUACCCACGGUACCCGUUGCCCAACGGAAAUGGAGAUCACCGAAAUGCUUUCGUUAACAGAAAUUCAAAGUCAAAUAAUCAACAAUCACGAAUCACGAGGCAACGGUCACAUGUGUGACAGGGACUUGGAAAACUUAAAAAGAUGGAAACCGUCCGAGUAUCUUCUGCCAGCAAGAGCGGAAGUUUUGACACCGCAAGGUGUAGAAGAUAUGAGAUUGCUCGCUAGGCGAUUGCAAAGCAAUUUUCCUCAGCUUCUACCACCAACCAGUAGAAAUAUAACGCCGGAACAAUACACGUUUAAGACUGUGGAUGCUCAGGACAGUAUGGCGUCAUUCAUGGAAGGACUGUUCGGGAACAGAAAUGCCGCCUUCGCGGAAGAAGUUUCUAUCAACGACACUCUACUCUCCGCUUAUAAAACUUGCAAUGCAUGGAGUAACGAGCAGAACAACGUCUCUACGGUUGAAGUGAGCCGAUUCGAGGAAGAACCGAAAUUCCAGAGCCUGAUACAGAAUGUCAGCCGACGUUUAGGAUUCUUGUACAAUAUCUCGAAACGUUCGAUCCUAACGAUGUACGAUAUGUGCCGUUACGAAAAGGCCUGGGCUGUGACGCAACUUUCUCCUUGGUGUGCUGUUUUCAACAAAGAGGAACUCCGUGUGCUGGAAUAUCGCGAGGAUCUCUACUACUAUUACAAAGCCGGAUAUGGACGUGAAAUCAAUGCACAGUUAGGAUGUACGCUUUUGCAAGACAUGAUGAAUCACUUUUGGAGAGUGGAGAAGGAUACAGACUCGAUCGAACCAAAGGGCGUGUUCUAUUUCAGCGAUAUUAUAGCACUUCAGAAUCUCUUGGCCACGUUGAAUAUCAAUAAAGAUCAAACGCAACUGACGGCUUUCAACUACAGGGACAUGACUAAACGUCAAUGGCGGACGUCGUUUAUUUCGCCUUUCGCCACGAAUCUCGUCGCGGUGUUUUACAGAUGCGAUGGUAAUAGUCAACCAAACAAGGUCAUGUUUUACUUGGCGGAGAAACUGGUCAUGCUUGACGGAUGUGACGUAGGGCUAUGCGACUGGGAGUAUUUCAAACAGAAAUUCAACCCGAUUAUCAAUCGUUGCAACCUGAACGUCUGCUGGAACGGAAAUGGUGUGGCUGCCUAUGUUCCGAAUAUUCUCCUGAUCUUCUUCGCCUGCGUUACGCUAGUCUUUAUUCGAAAAUAGAACAAUAUAAACCCGCAUAUGUAUUCAAUUAUCGAUGUUCGUGGGCUCACGAACGAUGCAUAAUCAGUUUAAUAUCAUCAGACGAAACAUCUCCGGACGUUUGAAAUGACGCCUCGCGAAUAUUCCUCUGUGCUUUCGACGCGCCAAAUAUGUAUAUUUAAUAUGUACUACAUAUUUAUUUCCUUAUUCUACCGCUGUAUGCGUAAUUUAUACACAUUUAUCGUUGAUUAUUGUCAUUCCCAUUUGUUUAUACCUCACGUAUAUAUACUCGAGUAAGUUGUAUAUUAUUUAUGCCAUUCAUCCUUUCGAGAACGUCCGUCCGUGUCCGUAGUGGUUGCACAAAAUAAUACGCAGUGCACUAUUGAUGUUACACCGCCGCUUGGUAUUUUACUUUUGGAGCUUCUAAUGUUUACAAUAUACCUGAGGAGAACAUAUUUCUGUACGCGUAGCGAAUAUAAAAUCAUGAAUAUUUAGGUAACUCUUUUUUCCCCACGAUGUCGUGUAUCUUUCGU